UGGCAACUACCUCCACCCAGGCGCAAGGCCUACCCAGAGCGGAAGCCAGCCCGACGUCCCCAAGCCAAGAGGAGCCCUCGGCUAACCGUGGCCCGAUCCCAGCGACACUCAUGGGCAUCUCUCCCGGCAGCAACGCCCAAGCCUGACACACAGCAAAACGCAGCCGUGCCACGGCCACAUGGGCGAGAUCCGGACGCAGCAGGGCCGGUGAAGAACCAAAGGCGGGAGUCCCCACACCAGCACAAACCUCGGCGACCCGAUCCGGCUCGGAGCCAGGUACUUUCAGGGCAGCGGCUCAUAAUGGGCCAUCCCAGCACCCACAGCUCGCAUCCUCAGACGGACUCUCCUCAGUGGGCGCAUCAGAAGCCUAACUCUCAGCCCUAA